GCCAGCAGAACCUUGCCAAGGGGACCCGGUCGCCUACCCCAGUUUACCUGCUCGCAUCUUGGAACCACCUCGAAGGGGCGUGUGAGAUGUUGUGGUUGCCGUAUGCAGGAGGGCUAGGCCCGUCACGGCCAGCCUGUGCCCUCAUAUGAGCCAGUCCCCGUCACGAACCCGCCCUCAUCUUAUACCACCUCUCCUGUCAUCUCUUAUUAUCGUUCAUCCAGAAACGCUGUAUUAUCAUCAUUCUAUCAGCCGAAUCUGUAUCGAUAUUAUCCAACACCAACACAACAAUAGUUAGGACUCCGGAAUACAUCGACAAUGGAUCACAAGGAACAGAUUCACGAGAUACGGUCUCACUCGUACCACAAUGAGCACCGCCGCCCCGAGUAUCGACCCGAGUAUCGACCCGAGUAUCGAUCCGAACAUCGAUCCGACUACCGGCAAGAGCACCGGCAGGACCACCGGCCUCGCGUGCCCAAUGGCUACGAGUACUCGGAAGAUGAGUACAUCACCCCGCAACCGAGCCGCGACGAUACCCUCCGGAAGAUGAAGACGGCCGGGUCCGUCUCCAUGUCUCCGGAGCUGUUUGAGAAACUGUACCUCUCGCCGCAGAACAACGUCAAGGGGGACCUGCGCAAGACGUUCGGUAACCCAACGCCAAUUGCCAUCGUCGGCUUCCUCAUCUCGCUGACGCCUCUGUCGUGUGACUUGAUGGGCUGGCGCGGAGCAACCACCAGCGGCGCGGCAGGCAUCGGAGCGUAUUUCUUCUUCGGCGGUCUCCUCAUGUUUGUCGGCGGCCUCCUCGAAUGGGUUCUCGGCAACACCUUCCCUUCCGUCGUCUUUCUCACCUUCUCCGCUUUCUGGCUCACUUUUGGCGCGACCCUCAACCCUUCCUUCGCGGCCUUCUCUUCAUAUGCCCCCGCCGGCGCGGCGUCUGGUGCCGCGGGGCUGACGACGCGGGGAUUCAACGCCAGUUUUGGUUUCAUCACCCUCGCCAUGGGCAUGAUCACUUUAGUCUUCCUCGUCUGCUCUCUGCGGACCAACGUCGUUUUCUUCGUCAUCUUCCUGACCCUCGUGGUCACAUUCGCCCUCAUCACCGCGGCUUACUGGUUCCUCGCUAUGGAUUUCACCGGAAACGCCAACUAUGCCGCCAUGCUUCUCAAGGCUGCCGGUGCUUCCGCAUUCGUCACUUGCAUGGCCGGGUGGUGGCUUAUCUUCGCUAUUCUGUUGGCGUCUUUGGACUUUCCACUGGAGCUUCCUGUCGGAGACUUGAGCAGGGUCAUCCGGGGUAAGAGCGAGAAGAGCCAUGUUUGAGCAACGCCCGAGUAUUUUUAUGUAGGUUGCGUCGAGUGUCGUGCUAAGAUGUAAGUGUCUAUGGUUGCUAAUUGGAUAUUCGAUGGAUUUGAUGGAGCUGUCAAUGCAUUGAAAAGCUUCUGUAAUGUAUUUUUAUCCCCUGGCCCUGGCGCCCUGCGGUAGGGUCUCUGGUAGAUUCGCAGUUAUCGAGUGGUCACUUCGUGUAAGCAACGUACUGCAGACCUUUUCGGUUAAGUCACCCAGCUUUCGGAUCCGUGACUGAACUGAGGUUCAUCAUGGCUUUUGUUUUCGGCGAUCCCCCUUAUUCGAGCCGGGAACAAUCAUCUUAAACGACCAGCCAAGCUCCUCUAGACGCGUGUUCAGCGAGAUCGAAGGUCUUCCUGUACUUAAGAAGCCAUUCCUCUUCCACGACGGCGGGCUAAUGCGGGCUGCGGAGAUCCACCGCUUGAUUAUUAUCCUCCUUGUAUCAUUUAUCGUUUAAUGAACUGCC